AUGGAUGAGCUUGAAAAACUUGAAUAUUUAUCUCUUGUAUCUAAAAUAUGUACAGAAUUAGACAAUCAUUUGGGCGUAAAUGAUAUGGUUUUAGCUGAAUUUAUUAUUUAUCUUGCACAAACAGCAAGCUCAUACGAUACUUUCAAGAAUGAACUUAGUGCAAAUCAAGCAGAAUUUCCAGAUUCUUUUAGUGGAAAUUUAUAUCGUAUUGUUCAAAAAAUGUUACCAUCUAAACCAGCAAACAAAAAAUCUUCGACAACACACGAACAACAUCAGGUUAAUGAUACAUCAUUACGCAAAGCUUUAUGUCCAGCUUUGGCUUUACCAAAUGAACCAUCAGUCAGGACAAUGCUUGAUGAAGAAUUAAAAGCGAAAGCAGUACCGAGUAAAGAAGAUGAAAAAGUUGUUGAUGAUACAAUGAAUGAACUUGAAAAUCUUAUGGUGAAAGCAAAAAACCAGAAUACAAAAUCAGAAAAGGAGGACAAUCGUUCGGACAGAAAGAAAAACCGUUAUUCUCCGCCAUCAUCUAAAUCACGUCAUCGACACCAUCAUGAUAAGGAAGAUGACGGUAAAAAACGAAGUCAUGACAAAAGUCGUAAACGUCAUCGUCGUUCUUCGGUUAGUGAUAGCAGUAGUCGAAGUGGCUCGGAUAGAUCUGUUUCUCCGGCUCAUCAAUCAUCAAAAAAAAAGAAAUAUAUUGAUGAAGAUCAUAAGCGAAAAAAUAAUAAUGAUUCACCUCGACAAUCAAAACAAAAGCAAAUGUCGGAUGAGCCUGAAGUUGGCACUAUUUACGACGGUAUUGUUAUUAGUAUAAUGCAAUGGGGUUGCUUUGUUCGAUUAGAAAAGUUUCGAAAUCGUACAGAAGGUCUUGUUCAUAUAUCUAAUAUCCAUAAAGAGCGAAUAAAUAACGUAUCAGAUGUUGUAACAAGACAUCAAAAGGUUAAAGUAAAAGUUCUUGCAUAUACCAAAACAAAAAUGAGUUUAUCAAUGAAAGAUGUUGAUCAAAAAACCGGUGAAGAUUUAAAUGAAGAAAUGACAAGAAAAUUGCGUGGUGAAGAAAGUAUUGAAAGUGCUUCUUAUAGUAUGGGAAGAAAUCCUGAUAGACCAAUUGAUUUACUAUUAAACGAUCGUCAACAACAACAAACACAAUCGAAAGAGACAAGCGGAAGGAAAAAGAAACAAGUAUCUGAUUACGACUUAUGGGAAUAUCAACAGAUGUUGGCAGCAAGUUGUAUUGCUAAAACUCAACUACCAUACUAUGAUGAAGAAACUGGCGUAUUACCAAAAGAUGAUGAUUCAGAUGGUGAAGAUGUUGAAAUUGAACUUGUCGAUGAGGAAGCACCAUUUUUGAAAGGUUAUGGUAAACAGAGUACACAAGAUUUGAGUCCAGUUAAAAUCGUUAAAAAUCCCGAUGGUUCAUUGCAACAAGCGGCUAUGAUGCAAAAUGCCCUAUCAAAAGAACGUCGAGAAUUAAAACAAGCACAACGUGAACAACAACAACGUAGUGAAACAUUUCGACCAGAUGGGAUGAAUUAUGAUGAUCCGAUGAAUGCUGAUGGUAAUUCUCGUGCAACAACGACCGGUACAGAUGGUACAAAAUCAACGGCACAAAUGUCCGAAUGGAAAAAAUCAUUAAUGAAUCAUCGUACAACCUACGGAAAACGUACAACAAUGACUAUUAUGGAGCAGCGAGAAAGUUUACCAAUAUAUCGUCUGAAAGAACAGUUACUAAAAGCUGUCCAUGAUAAUCAAGUUUUAAUUGUUAUUGGUGAAACUGGCUCGGGAAAAACCACCCAGAUAACUCAAUAUUUGGCUGAAGUUGGUUAUACAAGUCGUGGAAAAAUAGCCUGUACACAACCACGUCGUGUUGCUGCCAUGUCUGUCGCGAAACGUGUUGCCGAAGAAUAUGGCUGUCGACUUGGACAAGAAGUUGGCUAUACUAUUCGUUUCGAAGAUUGUACAUCACCUGAAACAAAAAUUAAGUACAUGACGGAUGGUAUGUUACUGCGAGAAUGUUUAAUUGAUCCAGAUAUGAAUCAAUAUUCAAUUGUCAUGUUGGAUGAAGCACAUGAACGUACAAUACAUACAGACGUGCUGUUCGGUCUUAUGAAGCAGGCUGUUCAAAAACGUGGUGAAUUAAAAUUGAUUGUUACAUCCGCUACAUUAGAUUCAGUGAAAUUUUCCGAAUAUUUUUUCAAAGCACCAAUAUUUACAAUACCUGGUCGAACAUUUCCUGUUGAAGUACUUUAUACAAAAGAACCCGAAACAGAUUAUUUGGAUGCUUCUUUGAUUACAGUCAUGCAAAUCCACCUAACAGAGCCACCAGGUGAUAUACUUGUAUUUUUAACUGGUCAGGAAGAAAUUGAUACAGCAUGCGAAAUUCUGUUUGAACGAAUGAAAUCAUUAGGGUCUGAUGUACCUGAAUUGAUCAUAUUACCUGUUUAUUCAGCAUUACCUAGUGAAAUGCAGACAAAAAUUUUUGAUCCAGCACCACUUGGUUCUCGAAAAGUUGUUAUAGCAACAAAUAUCGCCGAGACAUCGCUGACAAUCGAUGGUAUAUAUUAUGUCGUGGAUCCUGGUUUUGUUAAGCAAAAAGUUUUUAAUCCCAAAACAGGAAUGGAUAGUUUAGUUGUCACACCUAUUUCACAAGCUCAAGCUAAACAACGCAUGGGUCGUGCAGGCCGUACGGGUCCUGGCAAAGCCUAUCGUUUAUAUACCGAACGAGCAUAUCGCGAUGAAAUGUUAGCCACCAAUGUUCCUGAAAUUCAACGAACAAAUUUAGCUAGUACUGUACUGUCAUUGAAAGCCAUGGGUAUUAAUGAUUUAUUAUCGUUUGAUUUCAUGGAUCCACCACCAUUGGAAACAAUGAUCAUGGCUAUGGAACAAUUACAUGCAUUAAGUGCUUUAGAUGACGAAGGUCUUUUAACACGAUUGGGUCGACGCAUGGCUGAAUUUCCACUUGAACCACAGUUAUCAAAAAUGUUAAUUAUGUCGGUUCAAUUGGGAUGUUCAGAAGAAGCCUUGACCAUUGUUUCAAUGUUAUCUGUACAAAAUGUUUUCUAUAGGCCAAAAGAAAAAGCUGAACAAGCUGAUCAACGUAAAGCACGUUUUCAUCAAGCUGAAGGCGAUCAUUUAACAUUAUUAGCUGUUUAUAAUGCAUGGAAAACAAAUAAGUUUUCAAAUCUAUGGUGUUAUGAUAAUUUUGUUCAACAACGUUCAUUAAAACGUGCACAAGAUAUAAGAAAGCAAAUGUUAGGCAUUAUGGACAGACAUAAACUCGAUGUAUUAUCAUGCGGUAGAAAUACGGGUUUAGUUCAAAAAGCAAUUUGUUCUGGAUUUUUCCGUAAUGCAGCUAAACGUGAUCCACAAGAAGGAUAUCGAACAUUAGUAGAUAGUCAAGUUGUCUAUAUUCAUCCGUCUAGUUCGAUUUAUCAUAGACAGCCCGAAUGGCUUUGUUAUCAUGAACUGGUGUUUACAACAAAAGAAUAUAUGCGUGAAGUAUGUGUUGCAGAUCCCAAAUGGUUAGUAGAAUUUGCACCAAAAUUUUUUAAAUUUGGUGAUUCAACAAGAUUAUCGAAAAUGAAGAAAGAACAAAGAGUUGAACCAUUGUUCAAUAAAUAUGAAGAACCAAAUUCAUGGAGAAUAUCAAGAUUGAGAAGACCUUACUAUAAUCCAGCUGGCAAAUUUGGUUAA